GAGUAAGUAAGAAAGAGAGUGAGUGAGGAAAGUGUGUGUGUGUGAGUGAGACUGGUCGGUGCGUCUGUUACCGUGGUAAUGAAAGCAGGCAGUGUGAAAACGAGGAAAUGCUUUCGGAGAUAAAGAGAAAGAAAGAGAGAGAAAGAAAAAGAGAGAGAGAGAGAAAGAAAGAUGACAGGAUGACUCCAUGAACUGACCUUCAGUGACACUGAGCAUGUGCAGAAGCAUCAGGUGCUUUUUUUUCUGUGAGAAAUCUGAAUGAAUGAGCGCUGAAGCGGCAGCAGAAGAGGAUCCUCGAGCACUUUGGCUGAACAGAGAAAUCAUUCAAAAAACAGCACACAGAGACAAAAUGGACAGAGUAGAGACACAUUUCUGAUGUCCUCUCCACGCAAUCAGUCCAUGUCAGCAAUGGACGGGCACUUCCUGUUUUUGUGAACCUGUCGGCAGCCGUCAAAGAUUCAGCUACCAUGUCUUGUAGUUUGGGGGACUGGUAGCCCUCCAGGAUUUGCCCUCCCUCCCCCUCUCUCCCAACCUCUCUGACCCGCAGAAGAGCCUCUUCAAAAUGGAGGCUCGAGAAUCGGCUGCCGUUGGGCACAAGACCUCCGAUCAGGAACCAGUGAAGGAGAAGGUGCCUCUGCAGAGAAAGUGGGUGUCUGAGCCAUCUGCAAACACCAAGAGUUGCACCUUUGCUGACCCAGAUUUGACACACCGGGAAAGUUUGCCCGGUGGUGCCAGUGUGGGAUCAGCACCUCAGCAGAAAUACGCAAUCACGGAAAAUUCUAGAAAGCUGCUAUCCGGACCCUCUGCAGUUGGGGCAGUAGGAGGCCCACCAUCUCAAGACCCCCAAGGGCCCUUUGCUCAGGGGUUUCAAAGGGGAUACUCCUACCAGCUGGGCCACCCAUACCCUCAGCACCCCCAAACUGAGCGCUUCCUCUCAGGAGCCAAACCCCAGCCAGGCCUGGAGCCUCAUGCCUGGCCUUUUGCAGGCCAGUUACCCUCUGAUGAUCUGUAUCCAGUAGGAUACGCAGGACAUACUCACCCUCAUGGGGCCGGUGCAGGGAGGUUUCCCCGACAGAAAUCUCCCAGUUUACCCAGCUCCUUUGGACAGUAUUCUCAGUCUGGCCCUGAGCCUGGAGAUGAGGGGUACAGCAAAAAAGAGCAGAAGCCUAAAAAGCCAGGUAAGUACUUAUGUCGCUACUGCGGGCGAGCUUGUGCCAAGCCCAGUGUCCUGAAGAAGCACAUCCGCUCACAUACUGGAGAAAGGCCAUAUCCAUGUGAACCUUGCGGCUUUUCCUUUAAAACCAAGAGCAACCUUUACAAGCAUCGCAAGUCCCACGCUCACGCCAUCAAGGCUGGACUCGUACCAUUUUCAGAGCUAGCCGUGGCCCGUGGUGGGGACUUGGAUCACGCGUCACCAGUGGGUGAGGCUGAGGUUCACUCAGAUGGAGAGCAGAGUACAGACACCGACGAGGAAGGUGUGGAGGGCCCUACCAUGCUGAUGGACAAAGACAGCCCCAUCCCGCAGAUCUCCUUUGAAGCUGACAAGAACACAGGGGGGGCGGAGCCAGCAUAUGCAGACUCGGCUGAAGAGCUGCCCGUGGGAUCUAUCAAAGUGCCUAUUCUCAUUGUUCCCAAACCUGGGGGAGUCCCCUCCACGGGUAUGGAGUGCCCACCCUUUCAGGACAUAAAGGGCUCGCAUCACAUGUUGGUGUUGCAGGUCGGCAGAAAAGCACAUUCCCUGGAUGACUCCCCAACCAUCAAGCAACGCUUGGCACUGAGGCUGAGCGAGAAGAAAGGCCAGGAUGUGGACUCUGCCAUUUCCCAGUCCCUGAACCUCCUCAGUCCUCACAGCAAAGGCAGCACAGACUCUGGUUACUUUUCACGCUCUGAGAGUGCAGAGCAGCAGAUCAGCCCCCCAAAUACUAAUGUCAAGACAUAUGAAGAGAUUAUGUUUGGCCGUUCUUGGUACUACAGACCCAAUUCCAGAUCCAGACAGUCUAUCACAGUGGGAAUGGCAGGAGCUGACCCAGCUAGUCUGGCAACUUUAAAGCAAUCAGGUGCUAUUCUGAACAUGGGGAAAAUAGUUUCUUAA